AGUAAGGCGGAAGUAGUAAGGAAAAUGAACCUUGACCUCAGAUCGCAUGCUGGGACAAUUACAUUUCUUUUUUGCAAUUAUAUAUAUAUUUUAGAUAAAUCAUACAAAUAACACUACCAGAAUAAUAUUUUAUUUGGCUUACAAAAAAAUACAUUAUACAAAAAAAGUUCGAACGCACGUCCAGUAGGUGGCAGCAGGACAAAUCUUUCUGACAGCAAAUCAUAACACAGUCACAGAAUAUUUCAUUUGCGGCAUCUCCACGGAAGUACCCAGUAAGAACUGAACCGGUGGACUCAUUGGAAAAGACAGUACUAAUAAUCACAGGAACCAUGAAGCUUCGGCUGCACUUUGUGGUGGACCCCAUGGGCUGGUUCUGCAUCAGUGUGGUGUUGGCCAUCUGGCUCUACAACUCCUUCUUCAUCCCCAAGUUGGUGCUGCUGCCACAUUUCUAUGAGGGUCAUAUCCACUGGGCCUUGGUUGUCAGUUACUACUUAGCAUCAGCCUUCUGUAUGGCAGCACUUUUUAGAGCUUCUACAGCCGACCCUGGCAGACUCCCAACCGACCCCCACAUCCCUCACUCAGAGCGAGAGCAGUGGGAAAUGUGUAGCAAGUGCAACAUGAUGAGACCAAAAAGGUCCCACCACUGCAGUCGUUGUGGCCAUUGUGUACGUAGAAUGGACCACCACUGUCCAUGGAUCAAUAAUUGUGUAGGGGAGGACAACCACUGGCUCUUCUUGCAGCUCUGUUUUUACACACAGGUCCUCAGUUUGUUCACCCUGGCUCUGGACUUCUGCCAGUACUAUUACUUCCAGCCCUUAACCACAUUGGACCAGGAGGCAUUUACAGCACGUCACGAGCUCGCCCUGAUACGAGUGUCUGCGAUCAUGGGUCUGGUGAUGUUCGGAGGCAUGAGCAGCCUUUUCUAUACUCAGCUGGCUGGCAUCCUGACAGACACCACCACCAUUGAGAAAAUGGCUAACUUCUCAAAUAAAAUAGGCGGGGCUGGUGGUGGGUCAAAGGAAUCCUGGCAGCGGACUCUGGCUGAGGUGUUUGGCACUACCUGGAAAGUUCUGUGGUUCAUCCCGUUGAGGAGCAGGCAACCGCUGACCUUUCCCCACCACUUCCGCACUCACGUGUAGAUAAGUGAAGGAGCUCUGUCCCACUUCGAACCAGACGAUAGGCUGCCAUCUCUGACAGAGAAUACACUGUGCACACUUUCAGCACCCCCCGCCUGCCUUCACCUCCCUGUUUUGUGCCAUCUAAGCUCGGUGGUAGUCUUGGUUGGUCAGUGGAUACACACAGUCUUUUUGUCUUUCUCUAUAGGACGUAGGAUUGACAGUGCCUGAACUGGAUCACAAACCUCUGCAAGAGUCGAGUACAUGUUACCAAGUGCAACCUAGUCCCCUUUCUAAUCAUUACUAGGGGCUCCAUUGUGCUCUAUUGUCCCAUUGCAGAAACCACUUUAAAGGGAAAUUGCUUUUGAGAGAAACUCAAAAGGAAAUCACUAAGAACCUCAAGUUGAUUAUAGGGCCAUGUAGACCUUCAAACGACACUAAAUAUUAACCCUAACUCUGUACCCAAUACACAGCCUGAUUUUUCUAUAAUUUGUGCCAUGACACUUUUAGUCAGUCUCCCAAAUGGUUUGGAUACACGCUUUUUACAGAAGGCUAUAUAAGUAAUUAUUUUGGGAAGAAGUUGGCUAUCAAGUGGUGGGCAAGUUGGUUUAUGGGUUGCUAUAUUGUAGAGCAGUACCAUGAUUUAACUGCAUUCCAUAAUUAUAUGGUUCAAGGGUUCCUUUGCUUUACUGAUUACACUCAUAUUUAUUUUUAAAGAUUUUUUAAAGAUGCUCCUACCACUAUUAACACCUUAAUAUUAACUACAUAGUAACCAACCAUUACCGCUGUGAAUGGAAAAUAAGUAAUGUCUUGUGUUCCACUUUCAUUACUAUCAAUUAGACAACAUUUCCACAGAAGUGCUGAACCUUCACAGAUAUCCAUGAUUAAAAACAUCUCACAAUGCUAGAAAGUCAUCUGUUAUAAAACACUAUGUUUGCUUGAGACUUUUUCAAACCUCCACACUGCCUAUUGCCAAAUUAUUUAACCUUACCAAUGAAGAUGAUUUGAAAAAUGUCCCAAUGGGGAGUCACAGUGAAAGAAGUGGAUUGUAUCAACAUUUAUUUCAAGCUAUACCAAAUACUUGUAUUUAUAUGUAUCUGCUGUUGUACACUUGGCUGUAACAUUGUGCAUAUGCACUGAUAUAUUACCUCUAUAUUAUUUGUACACAUUCCACAUUCUUUCAGUAUACAUAUGCUGUAGAAAUCUUUGAAGAAUUACUCCUUUUUUAAGUUUAUUGAUUUUUAUUUCAAUGUUCUCAUCACUUUUUGAGUUGAUCAUUUUUAAUGAAUUUAAUGUAUGAUAAUAAUAUUGAGUCUCCUGUUCCUAAUGUAAGACCUAGUGGAGUCUCAGAACACUGUCCAUGUAAGUGAGUAGGCACUGGUUGAUGUUGAUUUGUUAUGUUGAAUGUGGGGACAGCUGCUGUAAAUUGUCUGUCAUAUUUCUAGUUUCUCCUUUUUCUGUACCUUGAUUGGUCAUAAAUGGUAGUGGAUGCUGGGAUCUUUUUUUGUAUUAACAAUAGGGUCUUUAAUUUGAAUUUCCUGGUUGACAUUGUAUUAUGUUUUCUACUCUUUACUUCCUUCAUCAUAGGAUGCAUCAUAUAUGGGGAAUGUUAAUGUUACAAUAAUGAAAAUACAUGUUUUUCGUUUAGACUUGAAAUAUUUGUCAAUGGCACAUCACCAAUAGGAGUGCCACCAACUGUCUUAAACCAUAGAUGUAUGUACAACAAUAUUUUUUAACACUACAUCAACUGUAAGUCUAUAAAGGACCUUGGUGAGGAGCUAUAUCCUCAUUAUAUCAACUGGUGUCCCACAGGGCUUGAUGCUAGGUCCCUUGCUGUUCUUAUGUGUGUCUUCUACACUCCCCAACCCUCCCCUUCUUAAACGUUAUCUCCCUCCUAACUUGAUCACUCGUGAUGGAUGCUCCAUUGUCUUAUGACACUAUAUAAUGUAAUGUACCACUUUCUCUGUAAUCAUUCAACUUCAUGCUACUGAAAUCUGCACUUUAUUACAUCCCAUGAUAUUAGAAUGUAGCACUUUUUUAUUUUAGUAAGGAAUUUGCCAUUAACCUUUUCCAUAGCCAUUAACAUAGAUCUACUUACAAGUCUUUUUUAUUUGGUUGUUUGGCUAAACCCUUAUUAUAAUUAACUUUUAAUAAGUGGCUCUAGAUAAGUGUCUAUGCUAAAUUACAAAUGUACUAGGAAGGAGAGUCCACAUAUACAGAUGUAGGAUCUUAAUUUGAGCCAGUUUGCUACAGCACGAACGAUUAUCCUGCAACAACAGGACGUGAAUUAUUAUGUGGAUUGUAAUUAAUUGACGUUUUUGUUGAAUUGAUACAUUUUUCAUGAGGAAAAAUCAGAUCUGAAAUGUCAAAGUGGAAAUUACAAACUUCAGAAGCCUUUCUAAACCUCAAAUACGCUUUCCUCCAUUGCAGGAAAGUUCUCCUGCAACUGGGCAAUCAAAUUAAUAUCCUACAUCUAUUGAGUCUUGUAGUUGCGGCAUACGUCUUAUUUAUUUUUUUUAUCUAAUGUUAUUGACACAUGAUUCAUGCAUGUUCAGGUUAUAUUACUUGUUGUUUACAUAUUUAUUUUUUACAUAUAAGAACACCAAUAUUUUACAGUUAGAGAUUUCAGCUUGAAGUACCAAUGUUGUGCUGACUCAUGCAUUUGGCUAAAUGAUUCUCGUUAGGCCUUUUUGCUGCAACAACUUUUCUUUCUCAAUGUAAUUAAGAAGAAUGCAUAUAUACAGUAGAUCAUUAAUGUGUUGUGCAUAUAUCAUACAUAUAUUCCUGACUGUUGUGUAAUGAAUUGGGCUCCAACCUGACAUCAAGACCGACUUGAGGAUGCAUUAGAAUGUAUAGAGGCUUGAAGCUUAAGAAUCUUUUGUCCUCAAGAGAUUGCAAUAAGAUGGAAUUUAAUUUCAUUGAGUUCAAUUGAAAUGUAUCUCCAUAACUUAAAUAUAAUGUAGACGUCCGUAUACUCAACAUAAUAUAUAUAUUUAAAGGGAACGUCUCUUAAGAUGUUGGUAUGCCUCACAUACAUUGCCUCGCAUACACAUGCAUUUCAAAUAGCCACCUACAUUUUACAUUACCUACAAAGCAUUACUGUUUUUUAUUGUACCCAUAAUACCUAUAUUCUGAAAAUUCUAACAUUUAGUUAACUUACAGAUCGAUUAAGGUAUGGCAUAAGGAAUGGAACAUCAAUUUUUGCCUAAUAUUGUCCAUUUGAGAAUCAAUUUCAGGGAAAAAUUUAGAUUUAAAAAAGGUUUUUAACUGAUGGAAUUAAAGGAAUUUGUUAAUGACUUGAAAUUCAGUUUGAGCUUUUAAAAAAUUGUUCAGUUGAAAUCUGUUUUGGGAAGACCGAAUUUAAAGUUAAUGUGAUACAUGUUGGUUAUUUUCUGUGUCUCAGGUUAUAAUUAUAUUCAUUUUCUUUGACAAUUAAGAAAAAAACCAUUGUUUUAAUCAUGGGAAUAUAAAUGCUGCCAAUACACAUGAUUAUUUACUAAAUAAAUGCUGUAACUAAGUUCUUAAA